AGAACCAGAAAGAGAGAGAGAGAGAUAGAGAGAGAGAGAGAGAGAGGGGCAAACAUUGUAUUGAAACACCGCAGAAAAAGCAGUCUAAAAAGACACUAUCUUUCAUUUUGUCUAUGGUGUAUAUACCUUGCCCAGAAGCAAUAGCGUAUAGCUAAACCCUUGUUGUGGUACUGUUUGUACUUGUUUGUUAUGGUAUUUGUCCCCUUCUGGCUUUCUGUGCUGAUCAGGAAGAUGGGUGGCCAGAUUGAUUGAUUGAUACGCCAAGAUUCGGAUUCUGUAGACGCGUAUUUGUGUGUGAUUGUUGAGUUGUUUUCUCUCCGUUUCUUGAGAUUGAGAUGGGGAGCUUGAGAACCUGAUUGGGGUUUGAGUUAAUCUGAUAUAUUCGAGGAAAGGGUUGUUGUAAAGUCUUGAUCUUCUUGGUGGGGGAACACAUGGGUUGCUUCCCUUGUUUUGAUUCCAGAGAGGAGGAGACUCUGAAUCCCCAGAAGGAGAGAGAUGAUCGCAAGGAAGUUCAUCCAGUUGUUCCCUCCCAUAUGUCCAGAUUAUCUUCAGGGGCGGACAGACUAAAAUCACGAGGUAACACUGGUUCCAAGAGAGAAACUUCGGGCUUAAAGGAUUUACCUGGUGUUCAGAUUGCGGCUCAUACAUUUACUUUUCGUGAGCUUGCGGCUGCUACAAGUAACUUUAGGCCAGAAUCUUUCAUAGGUGAAGGGGGAUUUGGACGUGUAUAUAAAGGACGACUUGCAAAUGGCCAGGCUGUAGCUGUUAAGCAAUUGGAUAGGAAUGGGCUGCAGGGGAAUAGAGAAUUUCUAGUGGAGGUUCUUAUGCUCAGCCUUCUUCAUCAUCCUAAUUUAGUUAACUUGAUUGGAUACUGUGCGGAUGGAGACCAGAGGCUUCUUGUCUAUGAAUUUAUGCCGUUGGGAUCGUUGGAGGAUCACCUUCAUGAUUUACCACCUGAUAAAGAGCCGUUGGAUUGGAACACGAGGAUGAGAAUAGCAGCUGGUGCAGCCAAAGGUUUGGAGCAUCUUCACGAUAAAGCUAAUCCUCCAGUUAUUUACAGGGACUUCAAGUCCUCAAACAUAUUGCUAGAUGAAGGGUUUUCCCCGAAGCUUUCUGAUUUUGGUCUAGCAAAGCUCGGUCCUACUGGAGAUAAGUCGCAUGUGUCAACAAGGGUCAUGGGAACCUAUGGCUAUUGUGCUCCCGAAUAUGCCAUGACUGGACAAUUGACGGUGAAAUCGGAUGUUUAUAGCUUCGGGGUUGUGUUCUUAGAGCUUAUCACGGGACGUAAGGCCAUUGACAGCACCCAACCGCCCGGGGAACAGAACCUCGUUGCUUGGGCACGCCCGCUGUUUAACGAUCGUCGGAAGUUUGCGAAAUUAGCCGACCCGAGGCUGCAAGGCCAGUUUCCAAUGAGAGGCCUUUACCAGGCCCUAGCCGUGGCGUCCAUGUGUAUCCAAGAGCAGGCUGCAGCCCGGCCUCUGAUCGGGGACGUGGUCACUGCCCUUUCCUACUUGGCCAACCAGGCAUACGAUCCCAGCGCAGCUCCCGGCUUCAAGGACGACAAGCGAGGCCCAAGAAUAUCGAGGAACGAAGACGGUUCAGGAGGUGGAUCGGGACGCAAAUGGGACCUGGACGGGUCCGAGAAGGAAGACUCCCCUCGGGAAACCGCAAGAAUGCUGAACCGGGAUGCAGAGCGAGAGCGGGCCGUUGCGGAGGCGAAAAUGUGGGGGGAGAAUUUCAGGGAGAAGAGGAGACAAAAUGGAGAAUUGGAGGGGGGGUCUGAGAAGGAAGAUUCGCCCAGGGAAACUGUAAAAAUGUUGAACAGAGAUUUGGACAGGGAAAGAGCAGUUGCAGAGGCUAAAAUGUGGGGUGAAAAUUUUCGAGAAAAGAGACGACAGAACACUCAUGCCGGUUUUGAGGGCAAUAAUGGAUAGUGGAUCCAAGAAUGGGAAUGGAAUGUUGGUUUAGUGAAGGUCAAGUUUUUAUCUCUAUUCUUGACUCUAUUUUACAUUUUCGUUUUGGAAAUACUAGAACACAAGUGCAAAGGGUGUAUAUUUUAUCGAGGAAAUAAUAGUAGGUGAGAGUUUAAUAACACCCCCCAAACUUUGCCUUUA